AUGAUUGACAUUUUGAACAUUGAAGGUGAGCCGAUCUUUGACGAUCGCAUCGUCAAGAUUGAAUCUCACACGUACAGCCUAUACGCCAAUACAACGUUAGGAUAUAGCGAUGAGAUAAGAAUACCCAUACAACAGCAAGAUUUAUACACAUUACCAUGCGAGAGUUAUCUUUCUGUUGAGGGAAAAAUAAUUGCACAAGCGACAGCCGAAAAUGUGGCUGUAACAUUAGGAAAUAAUUGUGUCACAUUCAUGUUUGAUGAGAUUCGUUAUGAAUUGGAUGGUGUAGAGAUUGAUCGUAACAGAAACGUUGGAAUAACUUCCAUGCUCAAGAAUUAUGUAUCGUUAUCUUCUGACAAAAUUGCCUGCAUGAGAAAUGCUGCGUGGGAUACGAUCAAUGCUCAUUCGACAGAUGGAUACUUCAACUUUUGCGUACCGCUCAGCAUGUUGCUAGGAUUUUGCGAAGACUAUAGGCGUAUAGUGAUUAAUGCGCGCCACGAAUUGAUUCUCAUACGAUCGCGCAGUGACAACAACUGUCUACAUGGAUCAUCGGCGUUGGAGUUUAAGGUGGAGCUAUUCAAGAUGCAAUGGAGAAUGCCUCACGUCCUCUUGAACGAUAUUAAUAAGCUCUCCCG